AUGGCAGAAGAAGAAGAUGAUCACAACAAAAGCAAGGCCAAAUCUCUCGGCACUUGCAUCUUCUUCUUCUUCAUAAUCAUCAUAUUAGUCAUAAUCAUUGCUGUUGUUGUUCCUCCGACCGUCUACCGCUUCGUCGGCCCACGGUUCACGGUCGUCGACGGUGUCAUGUACGGCUUCAACAUGACAUCUCCUCCGCACCUCUUGUUUUCCACCGCGAACUUCACCGUCCUCGUUAUGAACCCCAGUGGGCAAUUUUCCUUUCACUCUGACGGGUUGACCGCCACCGUGUGGUACAUGAGCAUGAAUAUAACGACGCCACAAGUAUUGCCUCCGUUGACUUUGGGGAGGCAGAGCAGCACGGUGAUGUCGCUGGUUCUCAGUGGCGAGGAGGCGGUGCCGGUGUCGUCUGAGGGGGCAGACGAGUUGGCAAGGACCGAGAAAGUUGGUGGUACUAUAAUAAUGGUGAGUGUGCAGUUGCUUGGAACACUAAGAUGGGAAGAUGGGGUAAUAAAAACUGAUGUGGGAGUGAGAUGUGAUGUGCCGGUGGGUGUGAAGAGUGGCUUGCUGGGUGAACUUCACUUACUCCGUUGUUUGCGUUGUCGAGUUUAUAUUUGA